GCGCAUCGAGAGCAGGGUGCUAAAACACUGCAAUCGCGCGCGAAUCCGUCUGAGAGGCCGCAGCAGUCACUAACGUCACGGAUUAAACACAAAAAGAGCGAUGCUCCUCCGCCGCGCCGUCGUGCGAGCCGCACAAGCACUCCCCAGGCGCCAAUGCGCACGCACGCUCUCCUACGCCGCGCCGCCCGGCGGCCUCCCGCCGCAGACGGACCUGAUGACGGGCCGCGCGAAGUUCACAGACGCCUAUGCGGUCCUGCCGCGAGGUGUGUUAAGGGACAUCGUCACGAGCCCGCUACCCGGGUGGAAUAAAGCAAGGAGCUGGGUCCUCGCGCGGCCCCUGUCCGGCUUCGCGGAGACCUUUUCGCAGUAUGUGGUGGAGCUGGAGCCGGGCGGUUCUGGAGAUGGGGAGCCGGACGAGGGCGUCCAAGGCGUGCUGUUCGUGCUCAAAGGCUCGAUAACACUCGAUCAUGAAGGAACGCACGAGAUGCGUGAAGGCGGCUUCGCUUAUCUUCCACCCGGUGCGCGGUGGAACCUUCGUAGCGACGAAGGCGCGUCGUUUGUGUGGAUCCGCAAGCGCUACGAGGCCGCGCCCGGCCUCGACAAACCUGAUAUGAUAGUGACGUCGGACCAAGCUACCGAAAGGCAACCCAUGCCCGACACGAAUAACUCAUGGUGUACCACUCGGUUCGUGGAUCCCGCCGAUUUGCGGCACGACAUGCACGUGACGCUCGUGACCUUUAAACCGGGGGCUUGCAUCCCCUUCGAAGAAACGCACGUCAUGGAGCACGGCUUGUAUAUUUUGGAGGGCAAGGCCGUGUACAACCUGAACCAGGACUGGGUCGAGGUCGAGGCGGGCGACUUCCUGUGGUUAAGGGCGUUCUGCCCGCAGGCGUGUUAUGCCGGCGGUCCUUCUGAUUUUAGAUACUUGCUCUACAAGGACGUGAAUAGGCAUAUGCGGCUACCCUAGUGUAAAUAUAACUCUUG